GGGAAAAACAGACAUACUGGCACAGAAAAUGUAUCCCAAAUUAAAUUCUUGAUGAAUUGAAACGGCCAACAAAGUUUCCAUGCAAAAGGGUCAAGAAAGAGGCUGCAUUGUAUGGAAAAUGUCGACUUGCUGAGGUUGCUCACCUUAGCAAAUGACAUCAACAUGGCGUCCAUACUCGCCGGAUACGAUGUGCUUUACACAAUUGCAAUGGGUUUCCAUGGAAGAUGCCAGAAGAUACGACGGAAAUCUGAUGGAAAAGUUCUGGUCUGGAAAGAGAUGCAUUACGACACUUUGACCGAGAGUGAGACGCAGACGCUGAUCUUGAAGCUGAACUUCCUCAAGAAGCUUAAGCACCCAAACGUUGUGAGAUGUUACGGCUGCAUCGUCGACAGCGCCAACACUAAGCUCUACAUUGUGAUGGAGGACUGCACCGGUGACACCCUGGCGAGCCUCAUUGCCUCUGCCUCAAGGGAAAGGCGUCAUUUGGAUGAACGAUUCAUCCUGCGAGUCAUUGCCCAGCUCACAUCAGCCCUGAAAAAGUUUCACAGGAAGAGUAACGGCAGGCCCGGCUUCCUUCAUCACAAUUUGAAAGCAAACAACAUCUUCCUGGACAGCGAGCAGAAUGUCAAACUUGGAAAGCCCUCUUACACGUCCGCGGAAAGUGACAUCUGGUCACUGGGCUGUUUACUGUACGAGCUGUGUACUCUAUGCCGUUAUUUUCCUACCCCGGACCCAAAAGUGCUUGCCGAUAAGAUGCCAGCAGGGACUUUGAGAAGAGUCCCGGGACAGUACUCUGAGGAACUACGAAUGCUGCUCAACAACAUGCUCAACUUGACGGACGACCCGAGACCAUCGACGGACUCCAUCCUCCAAAGCAACCUGCUGGCUGAAGCAGUCGGGGAGGAAGAGAAGAAGGGUCAGCUUUGGCUUCAGAGGCGUUUAGAAAAAGCAGAGAGGAAUAAGAGGGUUUGCUCUUCUCGUAAAAAUAAGGAAAACCUCGCACCCGGUCAUCCACAGCUCGUCAUGCUUCACAACAUUGCUCGGAGGCUCCAGACAGACGAUCGGCUCGCAAGCCGAGUGGACAAAGGCCGGUGUGUCUGUGGCCUCCGAUUCUGACAGAAUUGAAAUGUUUGUUUGUCAUUUGUAAAUGUAAGUAAUAAAAAUACUAACCUUGAUUGUUUUGUCAAGGUUGCAUGAAUGGAACUAAGACUGAAGUGUUUUAAUGGAUUUCAGACAAAAGAACGGUUACAUAGAACCGCGUGGCCUUCGGCAGCAGCAGAAGUGAUUUACCCACGCAGGAUACCAACAGAGUGCAAAGAGUACAUGUUCGUCAUCGGUGUAGUUUGUACAUAUUUAAUGUAAGCAGGAAGAACAAUGUGAGCGCUUUGAACAAUACAAGGGAAGCACAGAAUAGUUCAUAAUCUUACCAUCGAGUCACUUCUGACACUUACAUGUCGAGCACAUUGUGUGGAGCUAUGCCGUGUUUUUUCUUUUUGUUUGGAAUGCCGCCAGUUGUCAAGAUCCAAAUUGUACCUGGGCUGUACGUGGUAACUUUUUUUUUCCUA